CCCUACCAAGUUUUGUCCUCAUGAGAAAGAGAAACAAAAGAAAGAUUGAGAGUCCCCUUCCCUCUCUCAUUUGUAAGAAAAUCGAGAAAGCGAGCGAGCGAGCGAGAGAGUCUCACACACUGAAUGUGUUGUUUAUUUUCUAGAGAGAGAAACUGAAAAAGAAAAAGACUCCCAUAGAAGGAGGCUUUAGUUACAAGCAGUUGAGGGCCUUUUGAUUUUGUUCUUGAGGUAGUCAAAGAAAACGAAUAGUCACUACUCUGACUUACUAUUAGAAGAAAAGAAGAUUAUAUCAUUUCUGAUGUUUUUGUGUUUCUGGGGUUUGUUGAAGACCUUUUCCUUGGUGAAAUGUGGUGUAUUUUGGGGGCAGUAACCAAUGCGUACAGUGUGAGUGCAGCUCUCUUAGUGUGAAAUUCACCGAAGAAGUGGGAAUCAGUGACGUUAAGAUUCUCGGUUUCUUUCUGGUGAAGAUUUUGAGUUGGGAUUCGAUUUUUAUCUCAUAUUAUCCCUUAGUUUCCAGCACUUGGAAAAAAGUUCUCUUAACAAAUAUGGCUUAAUAUAUAUGAUGGGGUUUCUUUAAGAAACUGGUCCUCUUGAAACUCCUGGGUUUCUCGUUUUCAAGCUCCUUGGACUUGGUGUCCUUGAGAAUGCUAAAGAUUGAAGUUUUAUGAUUAAUGGUUCUUGGGUUUAAGCGAAAAUCUUGAGUUAGAAGGAGUUUUGAAGAUGUGGGCUGUGGAGAUUUUGUUGAGCUUGUGGUAUCAUUUAUAGGGUCCUGUGGGAGGUCUUGAGGCCUUUUAGGUCCUAAUGGAGAAAAGAAGAUACAGUCUUCGAGUUAGCAAUAGCAAAGUCACAGCUUCGCUGCUUUUUCUGUUCGUUCUUUGCUUGUACUACGCAAGUGUACAAUGUCAAGAAAGUAGUAAAGUCACACCUCCAUCUCCUUCUACUCCAACCCAAUCCAAGAAUGGACUCAAGAGAAUACUUGUAAGCAUCUUCUUAGGAGUCUUGACUGGAUUAAUAGGAGCCGUUGUUUUUGCUUUUGUAGUCCGUUUCUUGGUCCGGUACAUGAAGAGAACUCCGAUUCUCAAAGGCCCAGUUAUAUUUUCUCCAAAAAUCACUCCUAAAAGUCUUCAAUCAGCUCUUGAAAAUGAGAAUCAAUUGCUAGGUUCAAGCUCCAAUGGAAAGUAUUACAGGACUGCACUGGACAAUGGGCUAACCAUUGCUGUCAAGAGGUUCGAGCCAUUUGAGAUUGGCUCCCCUGAGAGGCAGAGCAAAUCAGUAAAGAGAAGGAUACAGCAGGAGCUGGAAAUGCUAGCUAGUUUGAGACAUCGGAAUCUGAUGAGUUUAAGGGCUUAUGUUCGCGAGCCAGAUAGGUUCUCUUUGGUUUAUGAUUAUGUGCCAACCGGGAGUCUUGAAGAUGCAAUGAAUAGAGUGAGAGAGAAUGAGUUGCAACUUGGAUGGGAAGUUCGGCUUCGGAUUGCCGUUGGGGUUAUUAAAGGGCUUAGGUAUCUUCAUUUCGAAUGCGCCCCUCAGAUUUUGCAUUAUAAUUUGAAGCCCAGGAAUGUGAUUUUGGAUGCUGAGUUUGAACCAAGGUUGGCUGAUUUUGGACUGGCUAAGCUUACGCCUAAUUUGGAUAGAGCUACGUCUGGAUAUAGUGCUCCUGAGUGUUUCCAAGAUUGCAGGUACUCGGAUAAAAGUGAUGUUUUCAGCUUUGGGAUGAUAUUGGGUGUUUUGCUAACUGGGAGAGACCCUACAGAUCCAUUCUUUGGGGAAACAGCUAGUGGCGGUAGUUUGGGUCGUUGGCUUCGACAUUUGCAACAAGCAGGGGAGGCGCGAGAGGCGCUUGAUAAGAGUCUUCUUGGGGAAGAAGUUGAGGAAGAUGAGAUGCUUAUGGCAGUGAGAAUUGCUGUUGUUUGUCAAUCAGAAAUGCCUGCAGAUAGGCCUUCAAGUGACGAGCUUGUCCCCAUGCUAUCUCAACUGCACAGUUUUUAAAGGAAAUGUAAGUACAAUCGCUAAAAACACAGGUCAAAUUGGAAUUUUGUUGAGUUCUUUGGUUUGCAGUUCAUGUGGACCAACUCUUUUCUCAGAUUGGUAAAGAGGUCAUGAUGUGGAGCCCUAUGGUUGCUUUUUUUCUUUGGUUUCCACCAAUUCUUGAAUUUGUAAGUUCUGCUAAUUAUCAUACAGUAGUUUACAGUGUUGUAUACCUAACCAGUGCUGUGACUGAAGAUUGGUAAGUCAAGGAGAUUACUUACUUUAGAGGAAAAAACUCAUCAUCAAUCGACUACGUGGGACACAAUCUGCAUUAUCGUGUUCUCUCUUCUAACGAUGGUGGGAUUGUGUUGGCUGUCUUUGUUUGAACGAAACUUUUUGGAAAUUGCACGUCCUUUUACCUUAAAAAAUCACGCGGUUCUCUGUUUA